GAAAGAAAGACAAACAUCAAGCGCUGCGUGUUUACAUCACUUUGAUUUUCUCUCUUUAGUGUUUUAAACACAGUGUUGUGUGUCUGUGUGUGUGUGUUUGUGUUGAGAUGUUGACGAUGACGUCACAGAUGUGCUGUAAAUCAGUGGGAACUGAUCUGUCCAUGCUGGAUAUUGAUGAUUUCAUCACAGAAAUCUGUCAGCUGAAGAAAGAGGUGAAGUUACUGGAGGAAAAGCUGAGGACAAGAGGAGAUGAACUCAACACAGAGAUUGUGGUAAAGGUCGAGUCAAACCCCACAGACGCUCAGGACACUGUGUGUGACAGUAAUCACACCUUGAAUCAGGAUGAAUCUACUGAUCAAACCUCCACAGAGUCUCUGGAUUCUGUCUGUAACGCUGGAGAACAGCAGAUCCUGAACACCAGACCACUGAACAUGUGUUCUGUCACACUGAUGGACUGCAGGAAACUGAUGAGAUGAAAACAGAACUCACAGUAAAGGAAGAACAGACUGAUGAAGAUGAGAAUCAUGAUGAUUUUGUUCCUUCAGUCAGACUGGUGGGUGGUAAAAACCCGGAGAUAAAAACAGAAGAAACAUCAGACAAAGAUCAUACUGGUGAAGAUGAGAAUGAUGGUGCUGAUGGUUUUAUUCCUUCAGAUGAGAGCGGUGAUUCAUGUGGUGAUGGAGAAACGGCCUCUACAUCAAAACACACAGAACAGAAACUCUUCACCUGCACCAGAUGUGACAUCAGCUUUCCUACCUUACAAGAGAAGAAACUUCAUUCACAAGAGCACAGAGACAAGAAACGGUUUAACUGUCAGCAGUGUGGGAAGAGUUUUGUCUCGUCUUCUAGUCUAAAAGUUCACAUGAUGUCACACACUGGAGAAAAACCUUUCCACUGCAGUGAAUGUGACAAAUAUUUCAGCACCGAAGGAAAUCUUGUUCUUCAUCAGAGAAUUCAUACAGGGGAAAAACCGCACAAGUGUCCUCACUGUGAGAAGAGAUUCACCCAAAAACCUAGUCUGAAGAGACACAUGUGUUUACAAACCAAUAAGAAAUUGUAUCUGUGCAAUGAAUGUGGAAAAACCUUUAAGCGGACAAGUUCUUUACAAAGACACCAAAUAUCACACUCUGUGGAGAAACUCUAUCAGUGUUCACACUGUGAUAAACGCUUCCAUCAGAAAUUUAAUCUGAUACGUCACAAGAGAUCUCACACUGGAGAGAAACCUUACGUCUGCUCUCACUGUGGAAAGAGAUUUACUCAUCAUAGUACAUUUAAAGCUCAUCAGAGAAUUCACACUGGAGAAACCCCUUAUCACUGCUCUCACUGUGACAAGAGCUUUUCUGAUCAAAGUUAUUUUAAACGUCAUGAGAGAACUCACACUGGAGAGAAACCUUACGUCUGCUCUCAAUGUGGAAAGAGAUUUACUGAUUCAAGUCAUUUAAGAGUUCAUCAGAGAGUUCACACGGGAGAAAAACCUUAUCACUGCUCUCAUUGUGACAAGAGCUUUUCUGAUCCAAGUUAUUUUAAACGUCAUGAGAGAAUUCACACUGGAGAGAAACCUUACGUCUGCUCUCAAUGUGGAAAGAGAUUUACUGAUUCAAGUCUUUUAAGGGUUCAUCAGAGAAUUCACACUGGAGAAAAACCUUACAAGUGUCGUCACUGUGACAAGAGAUUCACCCAAAAACCUAGUCUGAAGAGACACGUCCGUUUACACACUGAUGAGAGACCGUAUCAGUGCAGUGAAUGUGGAAAAACCUUUAGGGAGUUAGGUAAUUUAAAGUCACACCAAAGAACUCACUCUGUGGAGAAACUCUAUCAGUGUUCACAGUGUGAUAAACGCUUCUUUAAGAAAUCUCAACUGAUAACUCAUGAGAGAGUUCACACUGGAGAGAAACCUUAUCUCUGCUCUCACUGUGGAAAGAGCUUUUCUGAUCCAAGUACUUUUAAAUGUCAUGUGAGAGUUCACACAGGAGAGAAACCUUAUCAAGACAAGAAACACUUUCACUGUGAUGAAUGUGGAAACUAUUUCAGAAGCAAAUCAAAUCUUGAUUCUCAUAAGAGAAUUCACACGGGAGAAAAACCGCACAAGUGUCCUCACUGUGACAAGAGAUUCGGCCGUAAAACUCAUCUGAAGAGACAUGUGCGCAUUCACACCAAUGAGAGACCUUAUCAGUGCAGUGAAUGUGGAAAAGGCUUCAGGGAUUCAGGUUGUCUCAAGUCGCACCAAAAAAUACACUCCGAUGAGAAACUCUAUCAGUGUUCACACUGUGAUAAAAGUUUCCGUCACAAAUUUCAGCUGAUACCCCAUGAAAGAAUGCACACUGGAGAGAAACCUUACCUCUGCUCUCACUGUGGAAAGAGCUUUUCCACACCAAGUUCUAUCAGCGUUCAUCAAGCCAUUCACACUGGAGAGAAACCUCAUCACUGCAGUGUUUGUGAGAAGAGUUUUAGUCGACUUGACAUUUUAUUAAAUCACCAGAGAACUCACACUGGAGAAAAGCUACACAAAUGUUCUCAGUGUGACAGGAUAUUCGCUCGAUUAGAUGUCUUAAGAAUCCAUGAGAGAGUUCACACUGGAGAGAAACCUUAUCACUGCUCCAUCUGUGGAGAGAGAUUCUCUCAGUUAGGAAGUCUUCGAGCUCACAAGAAGAAACAUGCUGAAGAACAAACUGUACAAGAAUCAUAAUAGCGUCUUUCACUAGUUUUAUUUACAGCCUCUUUUACUUUUAUUCUUGUUGUCUUAAUCCGUUUUCUGGGAUCUGUGCAAGAAAGGAUCAGUCUUCAAUUGCAAGUUAAUACAUUUCUCAUAUGAAUGAAAAGGAGCCUAGUGAACUGAAGCCUUGAAGCUUUCAUACGACAUUGUAGACACUUAGACACACAAGACUUUUAAAAUAAUUGACAUAUAAAAAAAAAACAUUAUUACAAAAACAUGAUCAUUUUGCAUAUUAUUUUAAAUUACUCAUGGCAUAGAUUACAUAAUAGAGAACAUUCACAACAAAAGUGGAAAAGGUUGUCGACUUUCGAGUGAUUUCAAUAAAGACUAUAAUAUCA